GUGAGUGGCAGGCGGCGGGCCUAGGGCUCCGGGUCCGGACGAACCCAGCGGAGCCGACCGAGCCCCUGGAGUCGCUCGGGUCACGGUUCCUGAGGUGAAACGCGAGAUCGGUUACUGAACUCCCAAGGCCCGGGCCGGACCUGACGGGGGGGUUGCCCGCGGAGCCUUAAGAACCCCUGAGCCCAGGCCCGGCCAGCCAGGGCUCCAUGAGCCUGGGUCCACACUGACCCGGUGAGUGUUGAGUUCCCCGAGGGCUUGGUCAGCUCCUUUGGACCCAGGGCUCUCACUAACCCAGGGGGUCCCACUGGGAUCCGGCUGGGUCGUGUUCCACCGCCCGAGAGUCUGCACCGACUGGCUGCGGAGCCUGGGCAUCAAGGGCUGGAGUGGAGCAGAUGCUGUCCAUGGAGCUGGUGGACAGAGUGGACAGGGGGCGGUGGUGAUGGCGCAGUUUGACACUGAAUACCAGCGCCUUGAGGCCUCCUACAGUGAUUCACCCCCUGGGGAGGAGGACCUACUGGUGCACGUCCCUGAGGGGAGUAAAUCACCCUGGCACCACAUCGAAAACCUUGACCUCUUCUUCUCUCGAGUUUAUAAUCUACACCAGAAGAAUGGCUUCACUUGCAUGCUCAUCGGGGAGAUCUUUGAGCUCAUGCAGUUCCUCUUUGUGGUUGCCUUCACCACCUUCCUGGUCAGCUGCGUGGACUACGACAUCCUCUUUGCCAACAAGAUGGUGAACCAUAGUCUUCACCCGACCGAGCCUGUCAAGGUCACUCUGCCAGACGCCUUUUUGCCCGCCCAGGUCUGUAGUGCCAGGAUUCAGGAAAAUGGCUCCCUCAUCACCAUCCUGGUCAUCGCGGGUGUGUUCUGGAUCCAUCGGCUUAUCAAGUUCAUCUACAACAUUUGCUGCUACUGGGAGAUCCACUCCUUCUACCUACACGCUCUGCGUAUCCCCAUGUCCGCCCUCCCCUACUGCACGUGGCAGGAAGUACAGGCGCGCAUCGUACAGACUCAGAAGGAGCACCAGAUCUGCAUCCACAAGCGCGAGCUGACCGAGCUGGACAUCUACCACCGCAUCCUCCGUUUCCAGAACUACAUGGUCGCCCUGGUGAACAAGUCCCUCCUGCCUCUGCGCUUCCGCCUGCCAGGCCUGGGGGAGGCUGUCUUCUUCACACGCGGCCUCAAGUACAACUUCGAGCUGAUCCUCUUCUGGGGCCCUGGCUCUCUGUUUCUCAAUGAAUGGAGCCUCAAGGCUGAGUACAAACGUGGGGGACAGCGGCUGGAGUUGGCCCAGCGCCUCAGCAACCGCAUCCUGUGGAUCGGCAUUGCCAACUUCCUGCUGUGCCCCCUCAUCCUCAUCUGGCAGAUCCUCUACGCCUUCUUCAGCUACGCCGAGGUGCUGAAGCGGGAGCCCGGGGCCCUCGGGGCGCGCUGCUGGUCCCUCUAUGGCCGCUGCUACCUCCGCCACUUCAACGAGCUGGAGCACGAGCUGCAGUCCCGCCUCAGCCGAGGCUACAAGCCCGCCUCCAAGUACAUGAACUGCUUCCUGUCCCCGCUGCUGACGUUGCUGGCCAAGAAUGGCGCCUUCUUUGCUGGCUCCAUCCUGGCCGUGCUCAUUGCCCUCACCAUCUACGACGAAGACGUGUUGGCCGUGGAGCAUGUCCUCACCACCGUCACACUCCUGGGGGUCACCGUGACCGUGUGCAGGUCCUUUAUCCCGGACCAGCACAUGGUGUUCUGCCCUGAGCAGCUGCUCCGCGUGAUCCUCGCGCACAUUCACUACAUGCCUGACCACUGGCAGGGUAAUGCCCACCGCUCGCAGACCCGGGACGAGUUUGCCCAGCUCUUCCAGUACAAGGCAGUGUUCAUCUUGGAGGAACUGCUGAGUCCCAUCGUCACACCCCUCAUCCUUAUCUUCUGCCUGCGCCCACGGGCCCUGGAGAUCAUAGACUUCUUCCGCAAUUUCACCGUGGAGGUUGUCGGUGUUGGGGAUACCUGCUCCUUUGCUCAGAUGGAUGUUCGCCAGCACGGGCAUCCCCAGUGGCUGUCCGGUGGGCAGACAGAGGCCUCGGUGUACCAGCAAGCUGAGGAUGGGAAGACAGAGCUGUCACUCAUGCACUUCGCUAUCACCAACCCCGGCUGGCAGCCACCACGUGAGAGCACCGCCUUCCUCGGCUUCCUCAAGGAGCAGGUUCAGCGGGACGGAGCAGCUGCCAGCCUCGCCCAAGGGGGUCUGCUUCCUGAAAAUGCUCUCUUUACGUCCAUCCAGUCUUUACAAUCUGAGUCUGAGCCACUGAGCCUUAUUGCAAAUGUGGUAGCUGGCUCAUCCUGCCGGGGCCCCCCACUGCCCAGAGACCUGCAGGGCUCCAGGCACAGGGCCGAAGUCGCCUCUGCCCUGCGCUCUUUUUCCCCUCUGCACCCCGGUCAGGUGCCCACAGGCCGAGCUCCAAGCACCAUGACAGGCUCUGGGCUGGACGCCAGGACAGCCAGCUCCGGGAGCAGUGUGUGGGAAGGACAGCUGCAGAGCCUGGUACUGUCGGAGUAUGCAUCCACCGAGAUGAGCCUGCACGCUCUCUACAUGCACCAGCUCCACAAGCAGCAGGCCCAGGCCGAACCUGAGCGGCACGUGUGGCACCGCCGGGAGAGCGAUGAGAGUGGGGAGAGUGCCCCUGAAGAGGGGGGAGAGGGUUCCCGGGCCUCCCAACCUAUCCCCCGUUCGGCCAGCUAUCCCUGUGCUGCAGCCCGGCCCGGAGCACCUGAAACCACCGCCCUGCAGGGGGGCUUCCAGAGGCGCUACGGGGGUAUCACAGAUCCUGGCACAGUACCCCGGGCUCCCUCUCACUUCUCACGGUUGCCUCUCGGAGGGUGGGCCGAAGACGGGCAGGCAGCCUCCAGGCACCCAGAGCCAGUGCCUGAGGAGGGCUCAGAGGAUGAGCUGCCCCCUCAGGUGCACAAGGUAUAGAUGAGGCUGAGGAGCAUCCCUAUGUCCCAGGAUGGCGGCCGCUGAUGCCCCGCCAUCCCAUCCGCCCGCCACGGAGGGCUCCUCUGAGUGUUGCCUGGCUCCACGUGUGUGGUGUUUGUGUGUCUGUGCCUGGCCAAGGGAAAUGCCAACGCUGGGCUUUCCACAGCCCCAGGAGAGAAAUGGGGGGCCUAGGAACCAAGGCGCACAGGACUCUAGCCUCAUCCCCAGGACCCCCCUUGGCUCAGAGUGUGGUGCUAGAAACUGGUCCCCAGCCCAGCCCCAGUACUGCCACCUUUGCACCCACCCCUGCAAGUCUCCAGAGGACUGCCCACCACAGAAGCUGCCAAGCAGGGAGAACCUGUGCCAACUGUGGAGUGGGGAGGUUGGGCCCCAGCCCUCAACCUCUGCAACCUCCCUCCCCGACCCCGAACAGAAGAGCAGCUCGGGCUGUGGCGCUUACCUCACCCCCAGUUCUCUCCCAGUGCUGCAGCCUGCUCGCCUCUCUCCCGCCUCCUGCACAGGACUGGCAUGUGUGCCUCUCGCUCCCGUUCUGUUUGCUUUGCUCCCAUUCUGUUCAGCUUUUGCUUUGCAUUGGUGCGGAGGCCCUGGCUCCCAGCUCCUCUCAUGCUAUCUUUUGACACUAAGAAAGGAAGGUUUCUAAACUGGCAGGAGCAGGAUGGAAAUUCUUUGCUGCCCUCUCCCAACUUUUAGGAUGGGCUCCUGGGAGACAGGCCAUCCUGGCUCUCAUUGCUGCUUAACGUACCCCUUACAGCCUGCACAUAGGACGGGCUGGGCUGGUUGUGCCCUUGGCUGUCUACCUCCCAGCAGGAGAGCUCUGGCCUGCCUCCCGCUGUCCCCAACACAGGGACAGGCGUAACAGGAGGCUUACGCCCUAGGCUUUGAGCUGCCGCAUUGCAUGCUGGGAUCCAGCUCCUACUUUCCUCUCUACCCCUCGCCCAGGUGUAGUCAGCUGCGAGUGUGGUGAACUGUGCCGCCGAAGCUCACAGCGGAAGGCGUAGGAACUGUGUACAGCUUGAUAACCCUUAAUAAAAAAAGGGACUUUGA